AAGAGUACUCUUAAGUUAUCAUCAUAUUGAACAUGCAUGUGACGGCUCUAUGGACUGCUUUUAUUUUGGCCCAGUCGAGCAGAUUGCUCGUCGAAGGUAUUAGGCCACGUUACGUCGAUUCUAUGUCAACCCAGAUGACAGAAGUGGGUGAUAAUCCUACGGAUGAUAAUAGAGAACCCACGUGUAGAGAAUUACGUACAAUAUGGAGGUAUAGCAAUCGUCAAAGUAGGGCCAUUCAAGUUAUGAACAAAUUACCAUUCUUACAAGAUUUCUUCGCGUAUGACGCGUGGAAUAAUUAUCCGGCACCACCUCAACCCUCUAUAGAUUAUCGAGAUUAUACUGACCGACCUCGUACUCGUGCUGCUGGUAGUUCACCACCUGUUUAUGGAAUAGUUCAUACGGUACCCCCAAGGGGUAGAUUACGUAGCGGUCAAAUACCCCAUCGAAGUAAGGCAUUUGAAGACGUUGCAUAUUUAUAUGGGAGAAUAAAUUUACAUCCACCCCGACGUCAAGGGCCAACUUCCCGUAACAGCGGUGGUGGAUCCCCACUCAUAUCUCACGUUCCCCAAGCUGGUAGUUUUCAACAUUUACGAGACCUAAUUCGUGGGGAUAGGGCUCGUGAACUUAGGAAGCAAUACGCAUCUGAAAGAAUUGCAUCUGCGAAGACGACAAUCAAGGAUUAUCCUAACAUCGACGAAGAUGAUUAUCAAAAUGGACAACGGCCGCGAAAACAUUAUGCUAAUUCGUUAGAUGGUUAUCAACCAUAUAGAAAUCCGAAAAGUGAUAUCAGCCGAGCUUGGUCGCGUGGCGAGAAUUAUUCACCAGAAUAUAUGCUACGUUAAAUGAUGAUAUUUCGAAGAUUUAACUGGAAUCAUUGAGAAGAGACAGAACUGCCGUACGUUUCAAUAUCAUCUCUCGUACUAAUCUCUUGGCAGUAAUAUAUAUAUAUAUAGCCCAAUUGUUUCAUUGUUUUGUCUAAAUUGAAUGAAAAUAUCCAACAUCUUAAAGAAAAAUAUUUUCAAAAAAAUCACCACCAAACAAAAAAGUUA